UCAACACUGAGCCAUAUAGAGAUAAACAUGGUGGUGCUAGUCGUUCUUGAUUGGGAAACUUUUAGCCGUUUUUUCAGUAUUUUAACAGCCUGGAUACUAUUAUCUUUGGUUGUAUCAGGCUGUAAUGGGGCUACACAUUGGAUYGUUACUGAAAAUGGUCGUAUUGAGCAGCAGGCCAAUUCUUUUUUUAAUCUUCAAAAACCAUUUGAUUUGGUAGCAUUUAUACAACAAGAACAGCGACUUAAUCAAAUGAAUAUUCUGCAACAAGACCUAAAACAAGAAAAACAAAUCCUUGAAGAAGUAAAUGAGCAAGAACAAGCGGACAUAACAGAGACAUUCUUCARGACUGAUUCGGCAUGUAAAAAGUUGAGAAGAUUGCAUGAAAUGGACCUUAAUUUGAACCAUGUUAUUUCAUUUACCAGCAAAGAAAUCAAUAUCAAUGACCACAUAGAUGUGAGCCUUACAAUAUCAAGAAAUAUCAAACUAAAGACUCCAGGUUGCCAGAGUAAUCUGCCAUAUACCCUACUAACAUUUGAUCAUCUUGCUGGGAUAGCAGAGAGACACAGCCUACCCAGUACCCUUGAACCAACACUGUUGUCUGUGAUGUCCUAUGUUACUGAUAUAGACCACUGGGGUCAUAAGGUUGCAUGUGCACUUGAAAAGAAUUCUAGUUCAUGGGUUUUACAAAACAUGGCAGCAUUAUUCUGGCGUGUUAAAGGGUACACUGCAGAAGCUGCUAACUGUCUUAGACAAGCAUUGUAUAAUUCUCCAAGAAAACACAGAGAUAUGGCCCUGUUUAGCCUGGCUAUCAUUCUACAUCGUGCAAACUAUUCUAUGGAUUCCAUUAUCUUACUGCAUGCUUCUAUAGAAAACACUUCUCAUCUUGCUUUACAUCAUCUUGUACUUGGAGUAGUUUAUGCAUCACUAGGGCAGUUUGAUAUGUCUGAGCUGUGCUUUCAAUAUGUUAUUGAAAUACAACCUGACUUUGCUCCAGCAAUGGAACUGCUAGAGGCUGUAACAUGUGAGAAUAGAUACACGCAGGCCUUGAAAGACCAACAUAGAACACUGAAGGAGUUUGUUGGUAAGGUGAAAGCAUUUCACCACAGACAGCAGUUGAUGCAGAAGUUGAGUGUCAUGGAUCAGCAUACAAAAGAUAUUCCUUUAGAACAAUUUACAAGACAGCUUCGCUGGUUCCAGAAGAAUCUUGUAAAGAGUAACUAUCAUUUAAUAGAGAUAAACCAGGACUCCACUAUUGUGCAAAUGAAUUCAAGAAAUAGAGAAACAAGACAGGAGCAAGAACAGAUUGUUCCCUGCAGCAAAGAAGAUACAGUUGACAGUUGUACCAGGAUUUCCAAAACGAGAAAUGAAAAUGUCGAGAAUGGAAAAUUUUCAGUGAAAAAAGGGAAAAAAACAAGUGCUGCAGAAAAUAUGACAUCAAAUGUCAUACAAUUGAGUGGUCCAUCCAGUGGUCCAUCCAGUGGUCCAUCCAGUGGUCCAUCCAGUGGUCCAUCCAGUGGUCCAUCCAGGAAUUACAAAAAAGAAGAAUUGACUAAACCACAUUCUCAUCAGAACAGUAAAAUUCCUGUUGUAGCUAAAAAAGAAUCCCAUAUAAACCAGAAACGAAAGUUGUCAGAAAAGGAACAGUCCAAGGAUAACGAACAGGAGUUCCAAGAUGAAAAACCAGUUCAAGGAAACCCACGUUACAAAAAAAUAAGAGCGUGUGUGUCACCUGAUAAGGGAUUUCAAUCAACAUUCAACCCUAAUGACUGUAAAGAGUCAGACAAUUUGGAAGUACUAAUGAAAAACGAUAAGUUUAGUGUUGUCACCAAUUUUGCUUCUAAAGGAAUUGAUGUAAAGAAUCAUGUUAACUUCAAUGAGGACAUAAGUGAUAUCCCCAAACCUCCUCGGUGCCUUGCUAAGAUUCAGACUGGGCACCAGUCGUUUGAUCAUCUAAAGGGUAUCAAGGCUUUGGGUAAGAUAAACCUCCCACCAGAAAAUGGCAUAAAGCAGACUCUCCUUAUGCACGCCUUGAAUCCGGGAAUGUCUGUUGAAGAAGUAGGAACAAGGAUCCAUAGAGCACUUAAAAAGAACUCCACCUCAUGGGUGUUACUUAACCUAGCCUCCAUCUACUGGCGUAUCAUGGGUGAUACCAAUGAAGCUGUUCGCUGUCUUCGCCUGGCUCUCAUCAACUCGCCUUCUAAAAUACAAGAUGUUUCGCUGAUUAACCUGGCAAGUAUUUUGUUCAAAGCUGGUUUCUUUGAGGACGCAGCUACAAUAAGCACUGCCGUGUUAAAGAUAUCUCCAAAUGCAAUGAUUGCGCAUUUUACAUUGGCUAAUAGUCUUGCUGGUAUGGAAAAAAUCAAUGAAGCAACACAGCAUUUCCUGAUGGUGCUACAGAUUGAACCAGGAUUUAUGCCAGCUGUCGAACGGCUGAAGACCAUCCAGUGCAUACUGUGGAAGCAGCAGAAAGAACUUGAGAAACAGGCUGAAGAACUGAAACUGUUGCUAAGCAAAACACAUGACCCAUCACGUGACCCAACUGUGUAAAAGAAAACCUAUUAAACAUUGUUAUGUAUUUGUAUUGUAA